GUUCAAUGUCUCUUUCGUUGAUUUCUGGUUCGAUUCUUAUCUGCCCCGAGCUUCAUCAAUCUCCGUCGUAUUUGAGAAUCUCUUCUUCCCCGCCACUUUCUCUCUCUUCCCCUAGUAAGUCUUCUUUUCCCCACCAGUUUUCUCAAAUAUCACGACCGAUCAAAGUCACCGCGAGAAGCGCCAUGGAGACGACGGCGGCGACUAUUUCCGGCGGUGUUCCCAACAAUACAAUGAAGCUAUUGUUCGUUGAGAUGGGUGUGGGUUACGAUCAGCAUGGGCAAGACGUGACAUCUGCGGCGAUGAAGGCUUGUAAGAAUGCAAUUUCUUCGAAUUCAAUUCCUGCUUUUAGGAGAGGUUCGAUUCCUGGAGUUUCAUUUGGAGAAAUGAAGUUGCAGAUUAAGCUUGGAGUGCCUCAUUCUCUUCAUCAGCAGCUGGAUUUGGAGAAGGUUAAGUCUAUCUUCCCAUAUGGGAAGAUUGUUAAUGUAGAGGUGGUGGAUGGAGGACUGAUUUGCUCAAGCGGCGUUCUAGUUGAAGAAAUGGGUGAUACAAAUGAAGAUUGCUACAUAGUGAAUGUCGCGGUCUACGUUGGCUACUAAGUCUCUGUGUUCUUGACUCGUCGACCCCGAGUUUAACAAUGUCAUCCACAUCGAUAAGAGAGAGAGCAAAUGCAGUUACUUCUAGUUGCAUAUCUUUAUUUCAGAAUCAAUAAUCAAUUUGGUUUGUAGGAAUCAAUAUCUCAAUUUCAG